AAAGAGAUUACUUCAAAUUCGAUGAGUCGAUAAUUAUCAAUUUUACAAUUUUUUGACACGACAAACAUGUUUUAAAAUAUAUAUAUGAAUAUGUAAUAUGUGAAAUUAAUAUAUUUGAAUGUUGGAUAAAUGUAUAUGAAAUCAAUAUUUAGGUUGUUUACAUUUAUUCAACUGUUUAUUGCUCAACGAAAUUUCAAAUAUUCAAUUUACUCGAGCAAAAUAUUUAGACUGAAUAUACCCAAUGCGGUUUUUGCAUUUAGCGAUAGCUGUCAUAUUUGACAUUUUUGAUAAGCGUUUUCGUUUUUCUAUGUGUGAAUCAUUUUUGUGCAAUUCUUAGAUUAUUUCCAAAAAUUCAUACAUUUUUUAUAUUGAAUUAAAAUAUUCCUGCUUUUGAUUGAAACAAAAUAAUGGCUAAGAAUACCUCUAGUUCAGCUUUCCGCAAAAUUGAUGUGGAUCAAUAUAAUGAGGAUAAUUUUAAGGAAGACGAAGCAGACGCAAUUUCAGCCACUGUUGGCCCAGAUGAAAAUGAAAUAACGACACUUCUUACACAAGGCAAAUCUGUAGAGGCUUUAGUUAAUGUAUUACAAAAUGCGCCUUUGCGUUGCAAAAAUCAACAUGUGAAGGACAACGCCUUGAAUACAACUCUACGAGUAUUGCUCUCCAUCAAAUCAUCACAAAUGGAUCAAGCUGUCGACGCACUCGAACAAAACGAUUUACUAGACGUUUUAAUGAAGUAUAUUUAUCGUGGCUUUGAAAUUCCCUCAGAGGGCUCUAGCGGGCAUCUAUUGCAAUGGCAUGAAAAAGCAUUUGCCAAAGGUGGUGUGGGCUGUAUUGUGCGAGUCCUUUCUGAUACUAAUCGAGCAUAAUCUAUAUUACCGUUAAUCAACCUAAAUUUAAGUGAGUGAAAAGAGCAAAAGUAAUUAGUUCUGGCUUUUACAAUACUUCCAUAGCUAUACUACAAUGAAUAAUUAGUUAAACUCUACUACAUAUACAUACAUACAUAUGUUGGUUAUUAAAAAAUGUUGCAAUACACUGGCGUAUUUUGUUGCAAUUGUUAUUCUGCUGGCCGUCUUGUAUGGAUUCUCAUAUGGAAACUGAUGUGUCGUGAGUCUGUCGUAGUCAAUAUGUUGUAUCAAAUUUUUUUUUUAAUACAUGUAACAGUGCAUAUAAAUUAAAAGAAAAAUUAUACGUAUUUAUUUUUGAAAUUAAAGUAUUAAACCGUUCGUUUUCUAACUGCAUAAA